UUUCUGCAAUUAAUCUGAAAAUGAACAAAUAUGCUUCCCUAUUUCAGAUUGAAGGCUCCCUCAUCUUCAUCAUUCCUCUGUAUCUCCAGAUAAGGCAACGAGCUCUUUUCGCGGUUACCGAACGAUUGUUCAAUCAGAAGUUAAGAAUUUCAUAGGAUUCUCUUUGCUUCUUAUAUCACCAAGUCUUGUUUCGGGUUUGUGACUGCUACAUUUCUCAGCAAUCUCGGGUAAUUGGAGUUCCAGGUUUCAAUAAGCUUUAUAUACGAACCAGUAGAAAUUUACCCGUCGGGGAAACGGAGACGAGCUGAAUUUUCCACUGACGAACAUCUCUACGGGUAAAUGGUGGUGGGGUACGGUAGACUAUAGAGUUGAAGAGGGAAGAGGAAAGCAAGGAAAACAACAAUGGAAUCCAGGAAGGAAAAGAAGUUAAAACGUAAACAGUUUGUAGGAAAUGAAAUCAAUAUCAAUGUGAACUUGCAGAUGCUGGAAAAGAAGAAGGCAAUUGAUGAACUGAUAAAGGCAGCUUCUGCUCAGAAUGACCCUCUUGCAUCCUUCUCUCCCUUCCGUAGUUACAACACAAAUGGGGUCUCCGUAUACUUGGACUCUGGCCGUGGCAAUAAGCUUUCCUCAAGUUUGAAGCAAUACAUUCAGCAGCUCUUAAAGGUGAAUAUGGAGGGGCCGUAUGGAUCUGAAUGGCCUGCUGAAGAGAAAUUGAAGCGCAGGGAAAUGGUUUCAUCAGAAGCAUGCUAUAUAUUAGUGUAUCAGGCUCCAAAUUCAAACACUAAGGAGAUGUCAACAGGUAGCUGCACAAAUGAGGGCCGCAUUGUUGGAUUUGUGCAUUAUCGCUUUACUUUGGAGGAGGAGAUACCUGUUGUCUAUGUGUAUGAACUACAGCUACAAUCUUGUGUCCAAGGAAAGGGAUUGGGGAAAUUCUUAAUGCAAUUGAUUGAGCUUAUUGCUCGCAAGAGUCAGAUGGGCGCCGUGGUUCUAACUGUUCAAAAGGCAAACUUGCUGGCUAUGAAUUUUUACAUAAAUAAGCUAAGAUAUGCUAUAUCAAGUAUUUCACCAUCAAACGUUGAUCCAUUGACUGGAUUGGAGAAGAACUAUGAAAUUCUUUGCAAAGUAUUUAAUGCUGAAGCUAAAUCUGCAUUGGAGGAGUAAGGUGGAAGGUGAAGCAUGGGAUGAUCUGAUCCUCCAUUCCUUUAUUUGGUGGUUGUGCUUGAUGAUGACGGCCUUUGACCCAAGUGCUUAAUGUAGUCAAUCAUUAUUAGAAAGCAAAACAACAUGGAGGGAAAAUUUAUAGCAUCCUCAUCUGAAUUUUCUGAAAGUUGUUGCACAACUGCUUUAAGUUCAGAAAAGAGAACAUAACAAUGAAAUACUUCUAUCGAGCUUUCUUCCAUGUUUGUUGCCCUGAGAUUCGUGAUGUUUUUGUUUACCAUUAUGCUUUCCUGAAGGGAAGUUUAUGAAUUGUAGGAAACUGAUAUUUGGGGCACUAAAAGAUUUCAAGCUCAGUCUUUUGCUUCUUGAACUUUGUGUUCUCCCCUUCUCUAGCAUGGAGUAGAAUGGUUAGAUUAAUGCUAUGGGUUAGUAUA